AUGGCCGACAUUGACCUCUCGAUUGACACUUCGGUGCAUGGCGCCCCACCCUUGGGUCGCGAAUUUGUGUGGGACAGUGUCAACACUGCGUAUGUCACCCCAGCCAGUGCUUAUACUGCGGGGUCACGCUCGAUCCAAUUCCAAGUGCCAGCCUCAUCAGGCCACAUCCAAAUGGACUCAUUUCGCCUCACCGGUCUUCUUACCAUCGAAGAUAACGCCGGUGCAAACAUCACCGACAUGGGCAUGGCAUUGUCCGAGCUUCCCAUCGAAAACAUGAUUGGUAAAAUUGCAGUCGAGGUAAAUUCGACACCCAUCCAAGACGACCUCGAAACCAAUGGCUACCCCUACGGUGCAUUCAUUCGUCGCGCUAUCACUGGUAGCGAUGAUAUGGCACACACGAAGCAUGGUGAACCGCUCAUGCUAACAGGAGGUGCGGUAUCGAUUGCCCCACCCACUGUACCAGAGUUGGCACACAAUGGAACGGUAAUCACACCAACCACACGAGCGGAGCUUUAUAACGCAAUCGCAGAGGAAAUCGGCGCAAGCGCGACCAACUUUAACGGUGCCGCCGUCGGUACCUUGUGUCAUUCAAUUCGCCAAGUCUUUGCGGCUGGAGAUUUGCGCAACAUUUUGCUCGAGGCAGCAAUCGGAUCCGAAGCAACACCAACCACAUCACUCCCGGCGCCAGAUGGAACACCAAUCACACAAGAUAUGGUGGUGGAGGCGUUUGAUCUCAUUCGAAACGCAUUCAACGAUUCAUUUAACACUGUCUCAAAUACCCAUCCCCAACUUAACUUUCCACAAGUAGCUUACACGCAAUUGAAUCCCCCAUCAUAUUGGACAGAUUACAGUGCAGGCCGCAUUACCGCAACAGUUAACAACAUUGCACGCGAGAUUCGUAAGACACUGCAAGCAUGGGCCAACGCAUACUAUAUUACAAGCGGCCUGCGCGUCGGUCUAGUCGACGAUGACAACGAAGUGUCGCGCGACAUGGUCACCUUCUCGAAGGGUGGUGCGUACCCACGCCCCGCCAUUGUUGAGGCAGGCGUCACCAUCAAGGCAGCCAGCGUAAUGGGUGAGGGUGGAGCGAAUUGCACCGAUCCACUUAAGAGCGCUUCAUUGCGUGCACGCAUGAAGGGUGCUCAAAAGCCAAAUUGGGUCUCCUAUAGCCUUCAGGGUCCAGCUUUCGCGGCAGGAUACUUACCCCCCAAUACACCACUCCGCAUCACCAUCGAACUCAACACAAGCAUUGGUCGCAACAGUGUGGUUGACGAGGCGCAUGCAGGAAACUGGCCUCUCCAGGUAACCUUUAGGGGUCAACCUCGCGUGUAUUACACGUCGAAACAAAUGGCGGACGGCGCACGCAAAGCGUUCACGGAGAUGCUGGUCGAGCGCCCCCUACGCUUUGAGGAGGUUAUGGUUCGCAACACAUCCUUUCUAGCUCCAGUAAACACAACAACCACACAAAGCGGUUUGGUAUCCGGUGUGCGACCAAGCUACAUUUGCGUACAAAUUAUCCCUGAUUCAGCUUACCAGGGGCACCCAGCACUCUCCGCAUUUGGAAGCGGUCCAUUCGCACAGUAUUAUGAACGAACCGAUCAGUCACUUGUGAGCGCUCCAAUUGCUCUCCCGACCGCCAUGUCACUCCAAUGGGGCGCAACCAAACUCGAACCAGAACUCGACCAGCCCCAGGGUGAACACUUUGCUUACUGGUAUGACCGCUAUGUCGACUGUUGCAUUAAUCAGCAACAGCCACCAUUGUCCUUUCACACCUGGAUGAACAGCCCAAUCUAUUGUUGGAAUCUCCAGGGUGCGGGUCUUGUGGGUAUGUACUCGCCAGAUCCUGACGAUGUAUCCUCACUCACGAUGAACACGACGCUCCGUGACGCAACGGCCGCGCCAGAGAAUGCUGGCGACGAUCUCUUCUCAACAGUUGAAGUACGCCUCAACGGACAGGACAUCACGGAUGGCGAACGGAACGUCAUGUCGCUCCCGAGUUUCUAUCGCAAGGCUUUGAAGAAUCCUCGCGGCCACGCGGACGGAGGUCAAAUGAGCGUGUACCGCCUUCGCGGUGGCACCCCGUCUGACGUCAACGUUGAGAUCCCAGGCGGCACAGCUAUCACCUCCCUCGUUUCCUCAUUCGUGAGUUUGUCGGCACCUGGUACCGAAGAGGGCCUCUUUGUACCAAGCAGCGGCCGCGCCGCAGUCGGUAACGUUGCGGCAGAUGGUCAACACUCACGGCGCUUUGGUGUCGGCGGUCCGAAUGACGCGCGCCCGUAUUCAUCGCCGUCGCACGAGCUACGUGCCGCGACCGCCGCAAAUUGUGAUGCCGCCACAGGUCGCACAGUCGUUUACAAGGUUCGCCCUGAUGUGCUCGCAUUCUCCUCCAGCAGCCUAGUGCCUUCGAGCUCGCAGCUCACCUUCAACUGGCGCAAGCAAAUUAACCUGGCAUUGUGUACGCAGACAGCCGAUGUCGCCGGCGUCCCUCAAGUAAAUUUCGUUUCGGCCCGCAUGUGGAUGCGCCGUGUUAAGCCGUUGGCACCGUUUGUUGAUCGAUUGGAACGGCCGAUCCGAAUGCCAGUGAUGCGCACCGUAAUCGCGAGUAAGAUAAUGCCUGCCUCUACAAAUCCCGGCCGUUUCGAACACUCUGACGGCAACAUUUUCAGUGGCACACGCCCAGACUACAUUGUGUUUGCAGUCCUUUCAGAAGAGGCUCUUUCGCAGGACAGUGGUCGCCGACUCUCACAAUAUGCUAGUGGCCGUUAUGCCGCCGCCGCCUGCCCGUUUGGCGCGCAUGGUGAUACGCCCGAUGUGGCUGAGGAUGCACCUUACGGCACGAUUGUGCGCCUACAGGCGCGCUGGGGCAUGGACAGUUUCCCCAUGGAGCGUUUUGAGUCGACAGAUGCUUCGCAGGAGGGCAUGCCGCUCCUCUACGACCGCUACAAGGAGGCGGCCAACGAUUUAUCGUACGGCGAGGGCCCGAUGUUGAGUUAUGAUCAAUUCCAGAGCCACGUCUUCUUCAUCCAGGACAUGCGCGCGGUCACCCCCAAUACCGACAGUGCCCAGCUCUCGAUUGAUAUGGCGGUGGAUCGCAGCACACUCGCCGGCGGCCAGGGCGCGGGUCAGCUUCGCCUGUUCACGAUGCUAAUUUACAACUCAUACGUCGACAUCGACCCCACAAAGGGUACCGCAAGCAAGUCAUGGUAG